CUGAACAAGGAAAUCCCAUGGGAUGCACCCCUUCAAUGCAAAAAGCUAUUACUUCUCUCUCUCUCCAAAGAGGUUGCUCAGCAGUCCUUCAAAAACGAAGAAACAGAGCAAAGGGUCAGAGUAAAGCCCCCUUCUUUCCUUCAUUUCCAACGUAAAGAAGACACAUUUCCUUAUCUUUCUCUUUCUACUUCCUCUUUCUCCCCUGCUUUUCGUUCUUCUUCUUCUGAACAAGGAAAAAGAUCUUACAUCUCUCUCUCUCUCUCUCUGAAGAUUUCACACCUCAGCAUUCCCUUAAAAAACAGAGCAAUGGAUCAGAGUAAGCUGGAAGGAGUGAAGUCCCAUGGUUCCCUUCAAAUCGAGGUGCCAAUUCAGCGCAGGGUCAAUAUAUCGCACAAAAGUCAAUAA